AUGGAGGCGUUAUUUCAUGCACGAUAUUACAACAAUUCCGAUGUUGCCAGCAUUCUAGUUAAAGCCUUGCAGCACAAGAGUGUUUUAUUAAAGCACGAAAUAGCUUAUGUACUUGGUCAAAUGUCCGUAACUAACGUGAAAAAUACUUUGAUUGAUUUAUGUAACGACAAAAGUCAACAUGAAAUGGUAAGGCAUGAAGCUGCUGAAGCUAUACAUGCACUAGGGUUUACAGACGAAGAAACUGAAGCUUGUUUACGACAACAUCUUAGCGAUGAUUCUAUUCCUUUUCGUCAAACCGUCGAACUAGCACUAGAAGGAUUGUUAUUGAAACGUAAAAGUAACUCUGAAAAAAAGAUAAAACCACAUGUACCGAGAUUUUAUUUAAUGACUAAAAAAAAAAAAAAGCAAGAUCUUGUUAUCGCUACUUAUAAUACAAAAGAUCCGGUAGAAUCUGAUAUUUUAAUUCAAACUGAAAACGAACUUAAAAAACAUUUUAAUAUUCUCAAAGAUGAAAUGCAACGUCUUUGGGAUAGAUAUAAAGCUUUGUUUGCAUUGAGAAAUCACGAUUCGAAACAAGCGGCACUUUAUUUAGCAAGCUGUUUGGAUGAAAAAUCGAGUGCUCUUUUGCGUCAUGAAAUUAGUUUUAUACUCGGCCAGAUGCAGAUACCAGAAACUGCUCUCAAGCUUAUUGAACGACUUCAAGAUAAAAAUGAAUUUUCAAUGUGUAGACACGAAGCUGCAAUCAGCUUAGGUAGUUUAGGAGCAAUUGAUUACACGGAAAUCGGUCGCUAUUGGCAACCUAAAAUUAUAGCUGAAUUGAAGAACUUUCUAAAUGAUGAAGAUCCAAUUAUCAGCGAAUCCUGUCAAGUUGCGUUAUUUAACAUUCAGAAUGAAUGCAACUUGCAGCUACUUCCUAAUUUAGUUCCUUUAUAA